AUGGACUUAAAACGUAAAAAGAACGUUAAAGAGCUCGUUGAAUUUGCAGACCAAAUGAGUACAAACUACAGUCGGUCCACAUUUCAGAGACUUCUUAACCAAAGUGAUGUCCACCUCGCUCGAGUCGACAAGCCUCUUCUUGUUUUUAAAGCAUUCUAUUUCUUCUUGUACAGUUCAUUGGCGACAACAUUCCCGUUUCUGUCAUCAUACUUUCGACAAAUCGGUUUCUCUUCGUAUCAAGUUGAUGUCCUCGUUAGCGUUCGUCCAUUUGUACAACUCCUUUUAAGUCCAUUGUGGGGAGUUCUUGCUGAUCGUUAUUUGCCAAAGAAAAUGAUGCUCCAGUUUUGCACUUUUGUGUGGCUUAUAGGGACCAUUUCAUUGGCCUUUGUUGAGCCCACUGGCCAGAUGUGCCAGCUGGUUUCUCUUAACGAAACUGACUCGAAAGUUAUAAACUCCACUGUGAUGCAGACAGGAUUCUUCAGGCGAAGACGAGUUAGUGAGUAUUUUACAAGACGAUCAAAGCUGAUUCCUAGGAAUCCCAUAAACGACUUACGUAGUACCAAUGGCUUUGACAGCGUUGAGGUACAGAUAUCAUCUGGUUCGGGAUCGCCUCAAGAGAGUGAAGUAUCAGGAAGUGGAACCGGAGAGUCAUUUGACCAUAACAGAGAGCCUAACAUUACCAGUAACAACAAGACUCGCAGCAUCACCGCAAUUCCAAUUUCUAAUCUCAAGUCAAAACCCAAAGAGCCACUCAAUCAAAUCCAAUUCAACUUUACCACAAGGAAUGAGCUUAGGGAAAACACUUCUCGGCUCCAUCAUAUAUUUGUUGGUGCUUUAGCUCUGGUUGUUUUCGAGGAAAUAUUCUUAUGUCCAGUUUUCUUCAUGGCUGAUACAGUGUUACUCGCCAAGCAAGUGGAGGAGGAUACAGCUGUGUAUGGAUAUCAAAAGCAAUUUGGUUCAAUAGGCUACCUAAUAUUUUUCAUCAUUACCGGGAUCUUAGUCAACAAUUCUCAGCGGCAAAUGUGCGGGCACAUCUACGCCGACUACGUUAUCAACUUUUGCUUUUAUUGUGUAAUUACAAUUGUGAUAUUACUAGUCUUAAUCAAGUUCGAGAUACCACAAAGGCCAGUUGAAAAUUUCCCCAAUGCGAGGCUCAAAACUACUUACAACACAAAACAUUACGGAACGUUUGCUGCGACCGCGGCUUUCAUGGGCUUUUCACAUUCAGUGAUUUCAAAAUUUCACGUCACUUAUCUCUCUAAGGCCAAAGGGGGGCAUAUUACUUCUACAAUAAUGUUUUUUGGCUUCCUUGGAGAACCCCUUGGCUUUUUCUUGAGUCAUAAACUGAUACGCCAUAUGGGGGAUAUAAAUAUGAUAUUCACUGUUCUAGUGUCGUACAUGUUUAAUCAUUUUGCAUGCUCCUUUGUAACAAGUUCUUGGCAGCUCAUCCCUCUUGGUCUACUGGAAGGAUUCACAUUUGCCACUUCAUUCGUAGUAUGUACCACGUAUUUGGCGAAUUCUUCUCCCCUGGAUUGCCUGGCAACCGUACAAGGUGAUAGGAAGCACUGUUUUAGCAUUGUUUUGAGUUUUCUAAGUUGAACAAUUUUAAAACAAGCGGGUCACAACCUGCAAAGGUUUUUUCUUGUGUCUAUCACCUGAGAAACAAAUUAAAACAAGCUUUGCGAGUUAAGCGUGAAAACACUUACGUAUUCGUUGAACUAAUAACCCUCUUUCUUAUUUUCCUGCAGGUGUGUUCCAGAGCAUCUACUGGGGUGUCGGUGGAAUUCUUGGCCUUGUGUUUGGUGAAAGUCUCACUCGCGUGGCAGGGCCAAUUAUUGCGUUCCGUGUUUUUACCAUGGCAGCUGUCAUUUCUAUCGUAAUAUUCACUACGGGCCUGAAACACCUCAAUUUCCGACACCGUAAUUACUAUUCAGUAUUGCUUGACACCUUUCACAACUGCGUUGACAGCGAGAAAAUACAAAAUAAGAACUUAAGCUAUACAAAUGACACUCGAGCACAAAACCAGUUCAACGGCCAGUUUCAGCAGGCUUCUGUCGGGGUCGCGGAGCCUGAGGCAAGUGAUUCACGGACAGAAGACUGGGACAAGUAUUACUAAUCUGAUCAAACCGAUUUUGUCCUUAUUCAACGGAAAGUCACAUAGUCAAUUGAAUCUCGUUCCUUAUGAUGUGUGCUUUCAUCUCGUCCUCUUUUAUCUCUUAGUGUAACAAUUAAUUUUUAAUUAUUUUUGAGGCUAUACAGCUUGCCACAAUCCUGAAUCGUUUCAUCUAUAGAGACA